CGAAAACAUAACCGAAACCACCGCCACCAAAAGACUCAUCUCUGAUCAUGUUCCGGCAAGCGUCACGCCUCUUGGCUCGAACCACCACGGCCGCCACAUCUAGGAGGAGUCGAGCUUUUUCCUCGGAUGUACCGGCCACUCCAGCUCAAGAUUCCAACUUCAUCGAGUCAUGGACCAAAGUGGUUCCCAACCUAGACCCUCCCAAGACUCCCUCUUCCUUCAUGGCACCUCGGCCCGCAACCCCUUCUUCUAUCCCUACUAAACUCACCGUUAACUUUGUCCUUCCUUACGCAUCUGAGCUCGCCGGGAAAGAGGUUGAUAUGGUAAUAGUUCCAGCAACCACCGGACAGAUGGGUGUUUUGCCUGGACAUGUCCCUACAAUUGCUGAACUGAAACCCGGGAUCCUGUCGGUGCAUGAAGGAAAUGAUGUAAAAAAAUAUUUCCUUAGCAGUGGCUUUGCCCUUAUCCAUGCCAACUCUGUUGCUGAUAUUAUUGCCGUGGAAGCAGUGCCAUUCGACCGCCUCGAUCCUGCUUUGGUCCAGAAGGGUUUGGCAGACUUUACCCAAAAGCUUAGCUCGGCUACAACUGAUCUGGAGAAAGCUGAAGCCCAAAUAGGUGUUGACGUUCACAGUGCUAUGAAUUCCGCUAUUGCAGGUUAAUUGUUUUCUUAAUCGACUUUGCUCGAUUCAUGGGCUUUUGUUUUCUCAGAUUGCUUCUUGUUUUGUGCAUCAACUUUUUUUUAUGUCUUGAUGAUCAUCAAAUGACAGAGAUCUCUGAAGAUGACUAAUUAGUUGAUUUUCAGAGAUUUUGGAAUAAAAUUUUCUGAAACAAGAAACUUGUA